GGGUUGUUGCUCCGGCCUUGAGCACGUGCAGAGGGCCGCCCUCGUCCUGCUGCGGGAGAGGCCUCCCGUUCCCAUGGCAACGCCCCAGACAGCGCAAAGCCCCCCCCCUCCAAUUCUCCCUCACCCCCAAUGCGGGGGCGGUGCGCCCUCCUUGGCGCGGAGGCCCCGAUCGUGAGGUGGGGCGGCGCCGCUCCCCCCGCCCCGGCCUCUGUGGGGCCCGCGCUCUCGCCCCCCCCCCCGCCUCAGUGACGCGGGCCUGACGCGCCCUGCCCGGAGCCGCCGCCGAGGAGCAGCCGCAGGCGAGAGCCGCCGCCGCCGCCUCCUCCUCGUCCUCGUCGGGCCUGGCCGGCCGGGCCGCCCGCCAUGCGCCUGGGGGGCUCCCCGCCGCCGGCCCGCCGUGAAGAGGGAUAAUGCAGAACCCGCCGGGCCUCCCGCCGCUGUGGCCCGAGAGGCCGCCCCCCGCCGCCUCGCCCUCGGCCGCCGCCCUCCGCCCGCUCCACCACCCGCACCCGCCGCCGCCGCCGCCGCCCGUGGGCUCCUCCCGCUGGGGGGCCGCCGCCGCCGCCGCCGCCAGGACGCCCGAGGUGGCCGAGCUGGAGAGGAGCCUCCAGUUCCUGCAGCAGCAGCACGCAGACACCCUCGGCCAGCUGCACCGGGAGAUCGACCGCCUGCAGCGCCAGAACAAGGAUCUCCAGUAUCGGCUCAUCAUGAACCCGGCCUUCCAGAACACAGAUUCUGAUCCGGGCAGCUCCAAGGUGCGUUCCAGAGGCAGUUCACUGAAGGUAGCCUUCAGCUUGAAGGGGGUAGUGGCACCACCAGCCGAAGUAGCUGCUGCUGCUGAAGAAGAAGAAGAGGAGGAGGAAUAUGGCAAAGCCGUAGCAGCAAACGGAGAAGAUCUUCUAGGUUUUGAGGGGCUGGAAGAGCAAGAAGUGAGCAGUGAAUUCACAAAGGAAGAAGAGAGUCUAGAAGGAGAGGAGGAGGGCCCUGGGGUGCCGGAGGAGCUGAAGGCCCCCAGUCUGAAGCAGGAGGUGACUCCCCCCAGAGAAACAGCCAUCUGUGAGCGGACAGUGGAAGUCUGUGACAGAGCCACCUCCCCGAUUGAUUUUCCAUCACCAAGCCAGAGUGGAGUUGGGGAAGUAAAAAUCCCUUCUGCUUCUUCCAACCCCUUCCUGGCAAACGUGCUCCCGUCCCACAUGCGGAAGCCCCCGACGCUGGAGGAGUGCGAGGUGGUCAUUCGUCAACUGUGGAACAUCAACCACAUGCAGGUGCAAGAGCUGAUGUAUCUGAGAUCCUGUUUGGAAGACAUCCACAGGACCAAAAGAAUUCCAGAUGAUUACAUGCUAGCCGGUCAGCUUGGGAGCCACACCACCACACGGUUGCCCAGAGUGAAGAAUGUCCCUAGGAAAUGCAGGCUUCUGAACCCACUGCCCGCUGCCGAGAGGGCUGUGCUGCCGGCUCUGAAGCAAACCUUGGGAAAUGCAUUUGCUGAGAGACAGAAGAGGACACAAGCCGUUCAGAGAAACCGGCUCAAUCGGACGGCACUUUAGCAGGCGUUGUUUCAUGGGCUCCUUUCUGUAGCGGUUCUCCGUGACCAAAAAGUGGAUGAGAACCCCACCCCACCCAUCUGGAGCCCCAUGAAGCUGCUCCAUUGUGCUUUCCAGAAGUUCUCCCCCACUUAAUGUUUAAUAUUAGCUGCCUCCUUUUUGUCUUUAAAAAGUCACAGUGACCUGACUGUUUGCCUCUAAGAGUUGGUCUCUUUGGUAGUGAUAGAAUUUCUUUCUCCUUGGCAUGGACUUUGAGACAUUUUGGGUGCAAGAGACACCCGAGCCUGCAAGGAGUUGAGCACCCUGAUUUUGUUUCAAAGUCAAUGCAAAUCCACAGCCCUCAGCAAGAGGAAGUGACUGUUAAACACAGGAAUAAUACAUUUAUUACAAUAAACCAAUUCCUUAGUUCAUGAAUAAAAUAUUGAUGCCGUUGUACUGCAA